AUGAACAACUUUGUUCGUCGACGAGUCCACCCAACCCCCGCUGCAUCAACGGACGGAGAAGAGGAGCACCUGCCAACAGCAUCUUCCGAUGCUACAACUAGUACUACACCCAGAACCAUCAGAUUCACCGAUUGGUCCUCUAAUUCUGUAAUUCGAUUUCUCCAGAGUCAAUGGCGUCAUGGCGAUUGGAGAGACAAGACCGUCCUGCUACUGUGGGUCAAAAUAUUGCUAAUAUGUAUGGUCUUGCUGACUGCCGUCGACUGGAAGACGCCCACGGACCAUGUGAUUGUAGGUCACGGCCAGCGAAUCCCCGUAGUUGGCACCGACACCAUUCGCAUUCCCAUGGAGGACGUUUCCCGCCUUCCAUCGAUGGUGCUCUUUCGAUUCCUGGAAAGCUGGUCCGCCCAAAAAUUGAGACGAACAGGGGAAACCGCGCUGAUUCAAUUCGGGGAACAAUUGCGCGAGCUCAUGUUGCUGGGAUCGGAUGCGUUUCAAAUGACAACAACAACAACAACAAAUACCGAGGCAGUAUCAUCAUCAGUGGAUUCUUACAAAACCAACUUAUUUCAACAAAAGAUCCAGGCCAUGGCGCCCUGGUUGCGUGGAGAUCCCACGCAUGGACCAAAAAACUGGCCCAUGAACCAAGUACCAACACCCGACAACAAAUCACGCGCCGUGGUGAUUUGUGCCGGGGACAAGCAAAUGAUGUAUUUGGAAGCAUUGUUACAUACGAUCCGAAAAGUCCACCAAUCCCAAAUUCCAAUACGAAUCGUUUACAAGGGCGAUCAAGACUUGUCUCCCGAAUCCAGAAAACAACUACAGAAACACUACUCUGCUGCAAACGACGACGACAAUACACUACGGUUCAUUGAUUUAUCCAUACUCUUUGACUUGGAUCACGAACGGGUUCAAUUGGGAGGCUGGAAUUUAAAACCCUUUGGCAUGUUGGCCGUACCCGAAGCACAAGUGGUCCUACUCGAUGUGGAUGUCUUGCUGUUACGACCACCCGAACUGCUUUUUGAACAGCCGAGAUUCCAAGAACGGGGAGCUCUCUUUUUCCGAGAUCGCAGCCAUUCCGAACAUCUUUGGACACCGCGACAAUUUCUGCUGGCCAUGCAACCACUCUUGUCACCAGCCGCGCAAAAAGCACUCGUCAAUGGCCAUGUCAUGAAUGAACACAUCCAGGAAGCCGGUGUGGUUCUGAUUGACAAGUCACGGCGAUGGCGGGGACUUUGGACGGCUUGUUUGAUUCUGGGAAGAUGGGAUGUUCGACGGUUUAUACAGCGGGAUAUCAUUUAUGGAGACAAGGAAGUCUACUUUACCGCCUUUGAAACCAUUCAUGAGCCAUACAGCUUUGCACGAUACUAUCCGGGAGUCAUUGGCAGCGUUAUAUCGGAUUUUCAUGGAGACAAUAUGCAAUAUAAUGACAAUAUGCAAGGUCUUUUGCAACCCUUCAUGGCGCUUUGUGGUCGUAUGCUUCACUUUGACGAAGAAGGGCUGCCGCUGUGGUCCAAUGGUGGAUAUCUGACUCGAGAAGAUGAUCGAACGGCCAAAGAGGAUGUCGCUGGACGAGGAUUGAAACCAAUUCUCUUUGCCGAUGGGGGUGAUUCCACAACGGAAGCAGGUGGUGGUGGACCCGAAGGGAACCAGAAAUGGCUCUUCAAUCAUGACAUUGGAGUCCUCUGCAUGUUCCCCAACAAGAGGAUGGUGCGCCCUGUCAAAGAGGAAAUCGUUCGAAAUGCCAGCAACGCCGUGGACUUUUACGUGAAGAAUUCGAAACAAGGAGGUUGA